UCGUUAUCAUUAAGUUUGACUCGACAUGCCGUUGAGUCCAAGUGGACUUCAUAACACUUUCCCACUUAUUGUCCACAGCUCCUAUUAAAAACAUUACUACGUCUGGAUUAGGCGAUAACGUGAGUGUAUUGUCAUUUUGAACAAAUAUGGACUGGAACAGUGUUUAGCUGCUGACAUUUAGCUGCUGGCUAGCAUUAGCUAGCUUGGCCAGCUAAGACUAGCCGCAGCACCUCUAACGCUAACUGUAACUGAAAACCCGACAACCGCAGGGGACGUUUGCGAAACUUUACUUGUCUACAGAAGGCACAGCUAUGUGCAGCUGUGUGAGGAGCACCAGGGCUCUGUCCCCUGCCUGGCUCCCCAGGCUGCUGCUGUCGUCCCAGACCCGUUACAGGUCGUCUCUCAGGAGCCUCUGGACGUCGCCCCGCUGCACGGCUGUCAGUGGGGACUCCCAGCGGCUGCCGCUGCCCAGCCAGGCCCGCGUGGUCAUCUGUGGAGGGGGUAUCGUGGGAACAUCGGUGGCGUACCACCUGGCCAAGCUGGGCUGGACUGAUAUUGUACUUCUGGAACAGGGCAGACUUGGGGCAGGAACAACCAGACUGUGUGCUGGCAUUGUCAGUGUGGCCAAGCCUUUAUCCAUUGAGUGUCAGAUGGCCGACUACUCAAAUACUCUUUACCAGCAGCUGGAACAGGAGACAGGAAUAAAAACAGGUUAUGUGAAGACUGGGUCUUUGUGUCUGGCGCAAAAUCAGGAUCGCUUUAUCUCUCUCAAGCGUCUGGCGUCAAGACUCAAGGUGAUGGGGAUUAGCUGUAACAUCAUUAAACCUAAGGACAUAGCUAAGCUCCAUCCUUUAGUUAACAUCCAUGACCUGGUGGGAGCGCUUCACCUCCCUUCAGAUGCUGUGGUGUCCCCACCUGAAGUUAACCAUGCCCUAGCUGUGGCCGCAGCUGCAAAAGGUGUCCAGAUCAUGGAGCGCACCAGUGUCCAGCAGGUUUUGGUGGAGAAGGGUCAUGUGAUGGCUGUGCAGACUGACCGUGGCUCCAUUGAGUGUGAAUAUUUUAUCAACUGUGCUGGACAGUGGGCUUACGAGCUGGGCCAAGCUAGCGAGAUGAAGGUGUCCAUUCCUCUUCAUGGCUGUGAACACUUCUACCUCCACACCAAACCCCUACAAGAGCCACUUCCACCAAACACCCCAGUGGUGAUUGACAUGGAUGGCAGGAUAUAUGCACGGCCGUGGAAGGGAGGUAUUCUUUCAGGGGGGUUUGAAAAGAACCCCAAACCCAUCUUCACAGAGGGCCGCAACCAGCUGGAGAUCCAGAACAUGCAGGAGGACUGGGACCACUUUGAGCCAAUUCUUGGUGCCCUUCUGAGGAGAAUGCCAGUUCUUGAGUCUUCAGAGAUCCAUCAGCUGGUCAACUGUCCAGAGUCUUUUACGCCUGAUAUGCGCUGUCUGAUGGGGGAGACGCCAGGUGUCUCUGGCUACUACGUGCUGGCAGGGAUGAACUCCUCUGGCCUGGCUUUCGCUGGAGGUGCUGGCAAGUAUCUGGCAGAAUGGAUAACUUACGGCUACCCCACCGCCAAUGUCUGGCCGCUGGACGUCAAACGCUUUGGCAACCUGCAAAGCAGCCGAACCUUCCUGAGACACAGAGUAAUGGAAGUCAUGCCUUUGCUGUAUGAGCUGAAAGUUCCUCGCUGGGACUUUCAGACAGGGCGUCAGCUGAGGACCAGCCCACUGUAUGACCGCCUGGACACACAAGGAGCUCGCUGGAUGGAGAAACAUGGAUUUGAGAGGCCAAAAUACUUUGUUCCUCCAGGGAAAGACCUGCUCUCUCUGGAUCAGAGCAAAACCUUCUACAAACCCGACUGGUUUGACAUCGUGGGAGCAGAAGUGAAAUGCUGUAAAGAGGCCGUCUGCGUCAUUGACAUGUCCUCCUUCACCAAGUUUGAACUGACUUCAUCUGGGGACCAGGCUCUCAAUCUGCUUCAACAUUUGUGUGCCAACGACCUAGACGUUCCUGUUGGACACAUUGUCCACACUGGAAUGCUGAAUGAGAGGGGAGGCUACGAGAAUGACUGCAGUGUAGUUCGUCUCAGCAAGAACAGCUUCUUCAUCAUUUCUCCAACAGACCAGCAGGUCCACUGUUGGUCUUGGAUUAAAAAACACAUGCCUAACGACCCACACCUUCACCUAGAGGAUGUCAGCUGGAAGUACACGGCUUUAAAUCUUAUUGGGCCUCGGGCAAUGGAUGUUCUGGCGGAGCUGUCGUACGUUUCCAUGACACCUGACCACUUUCCCUCCAUGUUCUGUAAGGAGAUGAGUGUGGGCUAUGCUAAUGGAAUCAGAGUGAUGAGUAUGACUCACACAGGGGAACCAGGUUUCAUGCUUUACAUACCUAUAGAGUAUGCACUACAUGUUUACAACGAGGUGAUGUCAGUGGGUCAGAAGUACGGCAUCCGUAACGCAGGAUACUACGCACUGCGCAGCCUACGCAUCGAAAAAUUCUUUGCCUUCUGGGGUCAGGACCUCGACACCUUCACCACCCCUCUGGAGUGCGGAAGAGAGUUCAGGGUGAAGUUUGAUAAGGACACAAGUUUUCUUGGACGGGAGGCGUUGAUGCAACAGCGCCAGGACGGUGUGUCUCGACGCUUCGUCAUGCUGGUUCUGGAGGACCAUGACACUGAACUUGACUUGUGGCCAUGGUGGGGAGAGCCCAUCUACCGUAAUGGUCUCCUGGCUGGAAAAACCACCAGCAGCGCCUACAGCUACAGCCUGGAGCGCCACGUCUGCCUGGGCUUUGUAUCUCCACCCCCAGGCCCAGACGGGCUCCCCACACCCAUCACCCCAGACUUCAUCAACCGUGGGGACUAUGAGGUGGACAUUGCUGGCCAGCACUACCCUGCUAAAGCAAAGCUCUACCCCUUCAGCUCCCUCUUUACCCAACAGAAGCGUCGUAAGGAAGACUUGGAGCUCAGCAACCUCCAGGGCAAAUGAUAGAGCGUAAAAGAAAUGCUUCCAUCUCCAUAAGGCUUGUGACACUUGCGUUGCUCACCAAAUCCACUCCUGCACUCACGUUGCAGUGCCAUCCUAUUUUCCCUUUUCUAACUCUUAACAGAGGGCUCUUUGCACAAACCCUCCUUGGCCCUCUAAUAAUUAAUUUCUAAAUUGUAUCUCAAAUUUUCAAUGUGCAAUACUGUAUGUAAGAUGCAUCAACUGCUUGAGCUGUAUCAAAUACAGACCUUGCUGUUGAAUCGGAUUCUGUAGAAUCUUUCCUCCUCUCCCCUCUCUUAUACUCUUAAACACAUGGGGACAGUCCACAAGUGCCUUUUUCAAGGCAGCAUCACCACUACUUGUGAGGACUCUUUCACUAAAGUCUGUUUAACGAAACAAAAAAUACAUUUGACAGACAAUCUUCUCUGCUUGUGAAACCGUAGUUUCAAAGUAAUCUUCAUAAGACUGAAUGAUUUUUUGUAGGCAUCUGCACAUCACUCAAAGUCAAUGGAAAUACUGUAUUGACUCUAAUGUUUAACAAAUUGUUAAUUUGCUGCUGAGAAAUGUGAUGUGGCCUAAUUCUGAUAUUGUAUAUUGUCAGCUCCAUGACACAAAGACGAAAUCGUCCUCAGUUGGGGGUAAAAGUCAUGGAAAAGAACCCCCCCCCCCACAGAGCUAUGAUCAAUUUGUAGCUGUUCUGGUGUCAUUGAGCUGUGUUAAAAAGCUUGUGGUAAUGUAUUUACAACAAUAUAAUCUGUAUAGUUAUUUAUGUUCUGUGUUUGCUUUCAGUGCUAAAGUUUGUCUUCUGUUGUGUAGUUGAAUGUGCGGCUGCUGCUUCGUGACCUGUAGAUGAGGUUUGCUCAGAUGGAGAAAGCUGCAACUAGAGCUUAAAUCCCAGACUUGCUGAAAGGCACCAUAUCAAGUUAGAGGUUUGUGUGAAGGCCUUCAAUGCAAUCUGAAAUAAAACAAUGUAUUUUUAUAUAGCUAGUUUGAUCCUCUAUUUUCAGUACUGCACUGUAUUUCUAUCAGUUUUUAGUUGCUGUAUGAAUUGCUAGUUGGGACUUUGGUUUCUAUCCUUGUGAUAGCAUAAUUUGUAAUUAUUUUGUAGGAUAUACUCUAGUUGUAAAUUUUAUCUGGCACCAACAGCCUUCAUGUGCAUUUGUAUGUAUCUAGUGGGCCAUGCAGCUGGUCUGGAGCAGUGUGAUGCUGCACACCAGUUCAAAGCAACACUUUAUUUCCCAAAGCCUCUAAUCACCAUGGGCGGCACAUUAGUGUGUGUGUGCGUGUUCGUGUCUGUGUGUGCGUGUGAGAGAUGUUGUUGCCUCCUGACUUUAACAUUGCUACACUUUAAACAGUACAGUUGCUUCUGCGUAAUGAAUAUAUUGCAGGGUUCCCCUACUAAACCGGUUAAAGGCUUUUAUUCACACAUACAGUGCAUCCCCAGCUUUUUGUACACACCUGUAACUUAUAUGAUGACAAGUGAUGAAAUUACAUUUUUAAUUGUUUGCUCACUCAAAUACAGUGUUUCUAUUACUUUUUUCAAAAAUGCUCUUGUUGGAUUUUGCCGAAAGCAGCCGCUGUGCUGACGCCAGGAAAGAUUCAGGAAAUCCUCAUACUUGGGAGAAACAUUUUACUGUAACUAACAUGUCGGCCAUUUCCCUGGUGACAGUUUCACUACAGUAUGUAAAUAUGAAUAAGAGGUUUGUUAUGGCGAUCGCUUGCGGCAGACCACAGACUGGAGCCAGUGCCUACCACAGGAUGAAUAAAGUGUAUUUCUGGCUGCUUCA